GUUUGAAGCAUCACAAUCCACACUAGGGUGUCCUUGGCUGUGACAGUCCCUUAGGCAGCUCUACUAUUGAACAACAGAAGAAGUUACAGACUAUGGAUGAUUAUUUUGACUAUGAUCUUGCAAUGGAUGAUACAAUGAAUUAUUCUUAUGCAAUGGACUAUACAGCUAUGUAUGAUCUUGCAAUGGAUGAUGCUAUGGAUGAUAUGGAUGAUGUGUCUACAAGAAUUAUAAUAUUUCUUGUCAUUGGAGUGUGUGUGGGUGUUCCUGCUGUAUCCUGGGCUCUCCGUAUGUUGUUUCUACAUGUGCGUGGUGGUGGCAGAGUCUCCAUCUUCAUCAUCUUCCUCCUCUUCAGUGACAUUUUGGAGCUUUUCCUCAUUCCAUUCCUCAUUGCAUCCAUGUCAUCAAAUGUGAUUGGUCGUCAUGGUUGUGGUUAUUCAAGGUUAUGGUAUUUUUAUGACCGUGACUGCCCAAUAGCUCUCAUAGUUGCAUUUAUUGGGCCAAGGCUGUGUGGUUUGUGUUUUCACCAGCUGGUGGCGCUAGAGAGCAUUUUGUCUCUCAGGCAUCCUCACUGUGUCUCUUGCCUCUCCUCUCCAUUCUGCUCCAUUCCAAUCAGUGUUGCCAUCUGGAUCUGCCCCUUGAUUUAUUUUAUCAGUCCAUCCGUUUUAUCAUUGAUGUGUUUUGCCCUUUUACCAGUGGCUGUUAUUGUAGCAAUCCUUUCAUGUGUGUUUACUGCUAAAGCAUCAUGUUCAUGUGCCGACCCAGGAACCACAAGCCGCAAAGAUAGAGGAACAAGUGUACGUGUUCUUGCAGUGGCAAUGGGAGCUCUUUGGGUUCUCUAUGCCCCAUUUUUAUUUGUACCUUUAUGGAUAAUUUUCCCUUACAUUGGCUCCAUGUUUGUCUGCAUUAUGAGUUUCCGGGUGGUUGCAGACCCUCUGCUGUGUGUGCUGGUCUUUAAGAAGAACCCCCAAAGGCAGCCAACUCAGACAGGCAUUGAGCUCAACACUGUCCAGACAUCAGAUUAAGUUUACAGAUUUUGGAUGUGCUUUAUUGUGAUGCAUUUUCAUAUUUUUUAAUAAUGAGAGACACACUUCAUGCAAAUGUGAAAACUUUGCUUAAUGCCACAAUUGUCCUAGAUUGCUGACUCUUGCAUUUGUCUUGACAAUGUGUAACUGUACAA